AUGACCAUCAACCCUACUUACCUCGCCCAGCGAACACGGUCGUCGAUCAAUUGGUCGGAUGCGCGCCGACGAGUCCUGAAGUCCUAUCGAGAAUGGCUGAGAGCUAGUCCGGAGAUCCAGUCGAUGUACUCUCUCAACAUGCCCGUCUCCAAGAUCCGCACGAAGGUCAGACAAGAGUUCGAGAAGCACAGAUAUGUCAACAACAUCCAGGCCGUGGAUGUGCUCAUCACGCACAGCCACGCUGAGUUCCAAGAGACGUUGAACUUCUGGAAGCAGAAUACGCAUGUCAUGAAGUACUUCAGGCCGGAGGAAGACGACAACGCCAGAUUACCAAGCAACUUCAUCAGUGGUUUCCUCGAGGUAGGUUUACAAAGCUUGUGGACGAAUUAA